GGAGGAGGAAGAGAAUGAGGGGUAUGACGAGGGUAAAUAUAAAGAGAAAUACAAGAGCAUGCAGGAAGGUGAAGAAUAAACGCCUGGUUCCUUCCAGCAAAGACAGACUGCAGACAUGUGGAGAUCAGAGUGUGUGGUCUUAGUCCUUUUCCUUUGUGUAAGAGAAUCUUUUGCCCAGUCGAACAUAUGUGGUCGUCCACAGUUAAACACUCGUAUUGUGGGUGGGCAGGCAGCGUCUCCAGGGUCCUGGCCGUGGCAGGUUAGCCUGCAGAGUUUCGGUUUUCAUUUCUGCGGAGGAUCCCUCAUCAACAAAGAUUGGGUGUUGACAGCUGCACACUGUUUCCAAAACACGAACGAGAAGGAUGUGAAGGUGUUAUUGGGCAAACAGACACUGACCGGCUCUAACCCCAAUCAGAUUCAAAGAGGUGUUCGCAAGGUGAUUGUUCACGAGAGGUAUGAUCCAAAUACCCAGGACAACGACAUCACUCUUCUUCAACUGGACUCCUCAGUCACCUUCAACAAAUACAUCAUGCCUGUGUGCCUGGCCGCCGCAGGAAGCUCUUUCCCUGCUGCUACUGCAAGCUGGAUUACAGGCUGGGGUGACAUCGCUUCUGGAGUGAGCUUGCCUGACCCUGGACUGCUGCAGGAGGCUCAAGUGCCCAUAGUUGAUCAGAAGCAGUGUGCUAGCUUGCUGAGUCUUUUUAAAAUGAAAAUUACAAAUAACAUGAUCUGUGCUGGCUUAAAACAAGGAGGCAAGGAUACCUGUCAGGGGGAUUCUGGAGGCCCCAUGGUGAAUAAAAAGAGUACAAUCUGGAUUCAGUCUGGUAUCACUAGCUUUGGUUCUGGUUGUGCUGAUCCCAACUCCCCUGGAGUGUACACUCGUCUGUCUCAGUACCAGGGCUGGAUUUCCCAGAAAAUCAUUCAAAACUUGCCUGGCUUUGUCAAGUAUUAAUAGUUAACUAUCUACACAUGACUGGGUUUCAUUAAUUGAUCUUAAUAUUCCCUGAGACCCAUCAGGUUCACUUCAGAUAUCAGGAGGAUACACAGUUAUUUCUGGCCUCAGACCAGACUAUUACAUUUGGAGAAAGUUUAAAUUAUGAAUGUCUGCAGUAGAGUAAUUUGGGUACCCCGAGAAAUUACUGGGUUAAUCGCCAGAACAGCAGGCUGGUGUCAGGGCAGAUGUUUCUGCCAGCCUGAAAAACACUACACAUGAAGCCGUUUUAGAUUUAUUGGCAAAAAAAUGUAUUAUCUUAAGUUAUGUUAAAGGUCUAAGGUGCUUCUUUCUGAUAUAUGUAACUGGAUUUAAACUAUGGUGUAUUUAUCUAUAUGAGGCAACAAAUAUAUGUUAUACAUAUUUGUAUUUUAUGGAAGGGGCUACCACUAUAAUAAAACAACAUUGACUCUUGUGUCUUA